CCACUUCGCACCUCUCUGCAAUCCCGGGGGCUAAAGCAAAAGCGAAAGCGAAUACUCCUUAGCAGCCGGCUGGUCCUGGAGCUGAGCUCGCCACCUCCCAGGGACCCCAGCCUUGCGUCCUGUUGGGUCACUGUUGGGGACGAUCGGCCAUGGCCUCGCCACAGCUCCGGGGUUUUGGAGUCCACGCCCUCCCGGUGUUGCUGCUGCUACUGUUGCUGCUCCCACUGCGGGUGACGCCGGGCACCACAUGUCCAACCCCCAUAUCUAUUGAGCAUGCAGACAUCCGGGUCAAGAAUUAUAGUGUGAACUCCAGGGAGAGAUAUGUCUGUAACUCUGGUUUCAAGCGGAAAGCUGGCACAUCCACCCUGACCGAGUGUGUGAUCAACAAGAACACAAACGUUGCCCACUGGACAACUCCCAGCCUCAAGUGCAUCAGAGACCCCUCCCUAGCUCACUACAGUCCAGUGCCAACAGUAGUGACACCAAAGGUGACCUCACAGCCAGAGAGCCCCUCCCCUCCUGAAAAAGAGCCAGAAGCUUUAUCUCCCAAAUCAGAUACCACAGUGGCCACAGAGACAGCUAUUAUGCCUGGCUCCAGGCUGACACCAUUCCAAUCAACUUCUGCAGGAACUACAGGGACAGGCAGUCACAAGUCUUCCCGAGCCCCAUCUCUUGCAGCAACAAUGACCUUGGAGCCUACAGCCUCCACCUCUCUCGGGAUAACAGAGAUUUCUCCACACAGUUCCAGAAUGACAAAAGUGGCUAUCUCUACAUCGGUCUUCUUGGUUGGUGCAGGGGUUGUGGUGGCUUUCCUGGCCUGGUACAUCAUCAAAUCAAGGCAAACUUCUCAGCCAGGUCGUGCUGAUGUGGAAACCAUGGAAACAGUACCAAUGACUGUGAGGGCCAGCAGCAGCAGCAAGGAGGACGGAGACACGGCAGCCUAACCACACGGCUUCAGAAACUCAGGGAGAACUGCCCAGCUGAGUCUGAAGGGAAGACACAAGGGCAGUUAGUCCAGCUGUGCCUGGACACAGGAGAAAGCCUAAUGUAAUAAUAGAAGUCUCCGGUAUGAUCUGUUUUACUGAGCCUGGGUGCCUCCCAUAUGCACCCCUGGAUCCCUGGUAUCCAGAAGGACACCACCUUUCCUCCUGGUUCAUCACAGAGGCCAACUUCCCAGAGUACAACAGCUUGACCUCUCCUGGGAGCUUCCAUAAAAGUCUCUAGCUGCACUCAGAGAUUAGCUCAAAGCAGCUUAUCUGCUAGACUCUCUUUUCUAGUCCCUAUUCUGAUUUACAGUUUACAGAGAAUAACACGGCUCCAUUGUCUUCCAAGGCUCCUCUGGCACAGGAGAUGUCUGUGAAGAAUACAGCAGCAUUUGAGCUCCAGAAGACUUGGCCCCUUGCUGCUUUGCACCUAUUGGAAGAGAGCAGAGAAAGGAAGAAGAGAUAUUGAGCCAAUGAACCCUUUUGUAUAGGAUUCAUGACAAAAACUAAACUCAGUGACCAUGUGUGUGUGUGUGUGUGUGUGUGUGUGUGUGUGUGUGUUAUGUAUGUAAAAGUGUAUAUGUGCAUAUACAUUUAUAUUUAUACUUCUUUUCUAUUAUAUCUACAUAUUGUAUAUGAUUUAUAUUUGAAAGUGCCUUGUGUAGACAAAAUAAAAUAUCUAUUUUCAGUACAAAAA